AUGACCCCCUUCGCAAAUGAGGUGGCCUUUGCUGCCGUGCUCAAGGCCCGCUUCAGCAACCUUGACAAUGAGGCUGCAGCUCAGGUAGAACUGGCAAAACUCUGCACUGACAAAUCAGUACGCGAAACACGCACCACUGCAGAAUUCUCCGCAUUAUUCAAGGGUCCAGCAGACCGUUCCGGGUAUGGUGACCUGAAACUCCAUGACAAGUACCUGAGCGGCAUCCCCUCCUGCGUCUACCGCAAAAUCGAGCUCGAAAUGUUCACUACAUGGGAAAACACUGACAAUUGCUUUGGCUGCGGGAAGCAAGGGUACUGUCACUUCAAGUGCCCCAAUUGUAAGGAUAAGCCUUACACCAAAUGUGCUGAUGCACGGGCUAUGGUUGCCUCGGGUUCCACCCAGGCUGCGACAAGUGCCCCCGUCACGACAUCACCAUUGGCAAGUACAAGUGCUGCUUCAGCGAGUCCAGAGAAAUCUGAGACACUGGCGGCCUUGAUGGCACAGGUGAAGUCGAUGCGCGAAGAGCUUGAGCACUAUUGGGCGAUGAAAGAGGAGGGUUUUUGA